GGGACCGCUCCGUCACGCGGCCGUUCGCAGCCGCCCCAGCCACUGCAGCCGGCCCAGGCCAUCCAGCUGAGUCGGCCACGGGGCCGCGGCCCAGCACGACGCCGACCCGAGGCCAGCAGCCAGCCCAGCUUGCUGCUGGCCGACCAGCCGACCGCCAGGCUCCCGGCUGGUCAGACGAGCUGCCCGGGCUCGGCAUACGAGUACAGCUCCAGCGAAGAGUCCCUUUCGUCCGCCUCCUCCUCGCGCUGCUCGGUGGUGCGCCGCCUCAACACCACCAUGCCGGAGCUGCGGCCCGACCGACGCUCCCCCAGCCCCGUGGCGCCAGUCUCCGCUACUUCAGCUUCUGACAUCAGCCGGCAGAUGGCAGGAACGGACGCGUCCACCGCGUCCACCGCUCUCCGCGCGUCGCCUCCAACCCUGGCGGAGCGAGAGCGCCCGUCCUUGUUCAGCCCCGUCAAGCCGCUGGCGCAGACGGAGGGCGAGUCUGUCGACAUCGGGAGCAGUGGUGGAGCCAGUACCAGCGGCUCGUCGUUGUCCAAUCUCACAUCGACGCUCACGCGGGAAGGUCAGACGCUGCCGGCGGUGGCGGCGAGCCUGCACGAGCUGACGGCCGGGCUGCGCGGCCUGUCCGACCGCGUGGCGACGCUGGCGGACGGCCUGGAGAGCUCCCACGCCGAGCUAGCCGUCACUAGGGCAGACGUGGCGGCUGUGCAGGGCAGCGUGACGUCACUGCAGACCCUCGCCGCGUCCCUGAACAACAGGAUGGUCGCCUUCUCUGGCAUGUUCCGCAAGGUGGACGAGCAGCUGCUGGACAUGUGGUCGGAGAUGGACACUGUCAACAACAACGUGCACCACGUGAUGCAUAAGGCGCUCGAGUACCAGGAGCAGAACGAGCGGAUGUCGGCCCAGCUGGAGGAGAUGCGAGCCGAGCUGCUGGCCGCCUUCCCCGAGAGGCUGCUGGGGAUGCCGCGGUCCGCGACGACGCGUACCCCGCCCAGGAGUCAGGCGAGGUCAAGGUCGCGCCGCGACCGCCACGACUCGGAGCAGCUCUGCGAGAUAGAUGAUCUGGUGGUCGAGCCGGCGACAGAGCCACCUGGUGACGGAGCGCAGGUGACGCCCUGUGACGACACCAGUCAGUAGAGACGGGUGCGCUGCAGGCGCCGGCAACGCGCCCCCGCGUCUGAGCUCUCCCGUGCUUUCCAUGUUGGAAGGCGGAUUUUUAUUAAUCAUUUUUUACUUCGCGGUCAAGUGUUUUCCUCAUUGCCUUGUCGUGUUGCUGGUACUUAACAUUUGUCACUGUGAUUUUCAAAAAAUGGCGUGCUUCUUUAGUUGUGUUGAUCUAAGACCGUUGACUCUGUACUUAUCUGCGAGAACUAUCAGAAACAGUCCUUCCGAUAAAGAGGGAAGUAACUCCCGUGGAGAUUCGUAGACGACUCCGAAGAGAAUAGCGAUCGGGCACUGGUGCCACGUUGAACAUAGCUCAAUAUUGUAUAGAGAAAGUGUACGUUGAUGCGUGCAACAAUCAUGUUGACAUAAAUGUUGAUGAAAUAAAGUUAGUGAGCCUU